AUGUGUGGACCUGGCUAGAAUCCAAAGGGGAAUUGUUCUCUGAGUCUGAGAAAAGCAGCUGCUGCCAGGAAUCUUCCAACUCUAGCUUGGAUCUUGAACUGAUCAGCUGGAGAGAAAAUGGAGAAACUACCGAGGUAGAGUUAGAGGAAAGCAGCAGCCAAGAGGAGGAUAGCCAGCUAGACAGUGGUGAUCUUGCAGCAUGGGAAAAAGACAGCGAAAGGGACUCAGAAGAGCCAGGAAGGUACAAUCAGGAGGCUCUCCUCAGGUUCCUAUCAGAGGUGACAAAAUUAAUGGAGCCACUGUGCAUUAGCAGUACAAACCUGGAACCAGCUCCUCAGACUUUCUCUAGUUCAGGGGAGCAGAAUGAAAGAGGAGUGUCAACUCACAAAGAAGGCAUAAAGGGAUCACUAGUCCAUAAAGACGAGGAGGCGGUGGGAGAAGAAAGUCCCUUGCAGAUCUUAAAGAGGGAAGCAAGGGGAAAUUCAGUUCCCCAAAGAAGUGAAAAGUGGGCACUUCAGGUCUCAGAAGGACCAGUACUCGUUAACUGGAAAGCAGAAGGAAUAGAAGAGCUUCAGGAUCUCAGGAAGGAGAAAGACGAUUAUCAAGUUCAGGAUAGCAAGUGUGAGGGGCAAAAGGUGCUGAACAUCCUGGAAGAGAGUGUAGGAGAGAUGAAGGAAGAUGAGGACUAUUCCCCAGAGUGUAUGGUUCAGAUCCCUCAUUACUGGAGAACACUGGGUGAAGAGGUUCCACUCAGUGUAAAGGAAGAGGUAGCUGUAGAGAACACAGAAGAGCAAGCUGAGGACUGGAAGGAUGGUGACCUCCAUCUGAGUUACACCAAUGAUGACUCCAGUCCCUGGGGAACACCCCAGAUGAGCUCUCCAUCCACGAGCAUAGCCUCCUUGCCUUUGAUGCAGCCGAACCAAGAUGAUUCACUCCAACAAUGUUUGCUCUUCAAAAAAACUCUGCUGUCCAUCUGGAAGAUGGUGGCUGGUCACAGAUACAGUGGCCCUUUCCUGAAGGCUGUUUCAGAGAAGCAGGCUCCUGGUUACAAUGAUGUGGUGAAAAGGCCAGUAGACCUUUCUUCCAUCAAGAGGCGUAUCUCCAAAGGCCAGAUUCAAAAUAUGGUCCAGUUCCAGCAGGAUCUCAUGUUGAUGUUCCAGAAUGCCAUCAUGUACAAUAAUUCCAACCACCACAUACACCGCAUUGCGAUGGAGAUGCAGCAAGAAGUCUUAGAGCAGCUCCAGAUGCUGGGUGAGGCUCUCCUGUGCACAGAAGAAAUGCAAGGCUUUGUGAGAAGGUGUUGAGGAGCCUGAUAAAUGAGGCCAGUCCAGGGCACAGAAGAUGGAAACCUAUUGCCUUGCCUCUCCCUCUAUGGAAAAAGUUGCUUGUUUAUUAGAGUUAGUUGUUUAAUAUCCUACUUCUUCCCUUCCAUAAGUUGCCAAUGAUUUUAAAUGUUUCCCAUGUUUUUUGGCACUCCUAUUUGUGUCUGGAAGUUACUGCUUUCCUAGACUCUAUGGGUACUAUACUUGCAUUGCUUAUUCCUGGGAAAAAACAGUAUCUUCUUAGCUGAAGCUUAGUGGCUAAGAAAUGAAGAGAAAGAAUGGAUCAUAGCAUUAAGCUAAAGCUUGUCUAUUAACAUAUCUAUUAACAUGCAUUCAGCUUUUGAGCACUAAAU